AGGGCUUGCAGGAUUCAAUGUCUGGUUACAAUCCCCCCGAGAGUAGCAUGCUCACUCGAGGUGCUAUCAGUCGUUUGCCGACUAUGAGCCCAAAUGAGCUUAAUGGGUACCAUCCAAUCCUUCAGAUCACGGCUGUAGCAGCUAUGGGUACAGCCGACAACGGGACGAGAAGACUACGUGUUGUGGUCUCUGAUGGGAUCCAUUGCUCAAGUGCAAUGCCGUUUGGACAUCUCUUACAGGGUAAUGUACAAUUCCGACAGUACGCGCUGUGUCGAUGUACGUUCUCCUCUGCCAAUGUGAAGGGUAAACACGUAUUCCUGAUAAAGGAUUGCGAAGAGGUGUGUCCGCCGCUACGCGAUGCUAUAGGUAACCCGACAAUUUAUCGUCCGAGCUCAGCGACGAUGCCUAACAAUGCUGCUAACGAGAAUGUACCGUCUCAUGGGAAUGGUAUGGCUCAGCCAGCUGGACGUGGUUCACAGUUACAGCACUACCCCACUCUCGAUGACCCAACAACGACUGGGGGGUAUCCGCAAUACGGAGGCUCUGCUACUACCACAACGGGGUACCAGCAGCAAACACAACAUCAGUAUCAGCAGCCCCCCAGUGGUGGUGGUAGCAGUAGUGGAGCAGGGUCCUCAGGGGCAUCGGGUGGGAGGCAAUUACCAACUUUUAUGCAGCAGCAACAACAAACACAAAAUCCGCAUAAAGUCACUGGACCACCACUACGGGCGAACCCGACGAAUCCUUACCAGCAACAUAACAACCAACAGCAACCCAUGGGCGGUGGGAUGCUCAGUCGUCAUCAAACAGUGUCUCUCGGUGGUAACACUCAGCAGCGACCCAUCCCAGGAGCCGUCCAACCUGGUCGCCCACAACCGCCGUAUCAGCAGCAGCAGCAGCACUACGGUGGACCUCAACAACCACACAGUAGUGGUCCAGUGUCGUAUCGUCCUGUCGCUAGUGAUAUCAUCCCGAUAUCACAGCUCAGCGUGUACUCGCAGAAAUGGACCAUCAAGGGUAGAGUGUCGAGCAAAUCGGACGUACGAACCUUCGUCAACGCUCGAGGAGAAGGACAGCUAUUCUCAAUCGAAUUAGUCGACGAUCAAAACGGCGAGAUUCGUGCGACCUUCUUCAACAGCGCUGUCACUAAGUUCUACCCUGCUAUCCAACAAGGCAGAGUGUAUACUUUCAGUAAGGGCCAAGUGAAGCAAGCCAAUGCUAGGUUCAAUCCAGGAGCAGCCUAUGAGCUCACUUUCAAUGAUGAUGCCAUUAUUGAGGAGGCCAACGACUCAGCUGAUAUACCGCGGAUACUGUAUAAGAUAUCAAAGAUCGCUACGAUUCAGGAUCGCAACGCUGAUGAGUUCGUUGAUCUAUGUGGUAUCAUCACGCAUUGCGCUCCAAUCUCUACGAUUGUGGUGAGGAAUACUGGACAGGAGAGAGCCCGACGAAAUUUCACCAUAGUUGACGAUAGUGGUUGCUCUAUUGAGAUGACGGUGUGGGGAGAGACGGCCCAGAAUUGCGGAGUGGACGAGAAUAGAGUGCAGUAUCAUCCUGUUGUGAUGAUAAAGAACGCUCGUAUCAGUAACUAUGGUGGGAAGAGUCUUACGACUGCCUCUACCACCACUUUGGAGGUGGAUCCUGACGAUUCUCGGGCUUUUGAGGUCAAGAAUUGGUGGCUGCAAGGGGGACAGACAGGUGCGGUACAAGCCUUGUCGAGUGGAGGAGGUGGUGCUGGAGGGAACGCUCCUAAGACGGUUAUUGAGUAA